AUUCCUUAGAAAUACUUAAGCCCCCCCUGCGUCUCACUCCGCCCUCUCACAGCCGCACCGUCAUUCUCCUCUCCGGCCACCACCGUUAAUCAUCGUCGGUCUCUCUCUUCCUCUCAACGGGCACCACCAUUCCUUCCUCCUAGCAGACACUUGAUACAUUCAACCUACAUUUCGGGAGUCAAAAUAUGGGUUGGAAAGCAGCUGAAAAGCUUAUCAGACAUUGGAGGAUCCUCAGAGGAGAUAAUGUGAUGGUAAUUAGGGGUAAAGAUAAAGGCGAGACUGGUGUUGUUAAGCGUGUUGUUCGUUCUCAGAAUCGUGUUAUUGUUGAAGGCAAGAAUCUGGUUAAGAAGCAUAUCAAGCAAGGCCAAGGUCAUGAAGGUGGGAUCUUUACGGUUGAAGCUCCUCUUCAUGUUUCAAAUGUUCAAGUUAUUGAUCCAGUCACAGGGAAGCCUUGUAAAGUUGGGAUUAAGUAUCUUGAAGAUGGAACCAAAGUAAGAGUGUCCAGAGGCCUGGGUGCAUCAGGAUCCAUUAUUCCUCGUCCUGAGAUAUUGAAGAUAAGGACUACGCCAAGGCCUACAGUUGCUGGUCCAAAGGAUACUCCAAUGGAUGUUGUGAUGGAGAAGACUUAUGAUACAAAAACAGGGCGAGGCAUGCCUGAACUUUGAAAGACCUGUAUUCUUAUAUAGUUUUGUCAUGGAAUGGAACCAGGGUAAAGAUAUUGCAGAAAAGUGGCCAUCUCAAAUCUCAGUUGUCGCCAAGUGACAAAGAAAUUAUCCAAAUUUGUACUCUGCUUCCUUUAUACCUAUUCUUUAGUUGAUGUUCCAGACAAGUGAAUAAUCAGAUUGCUAAUUUGGUGUCUGACCUUUUUUGGUUCAAUGUGCUACAUUCGCUUGCA